UACAGCAGAUGGGGCAGUAUUUGUGGAGAGAAAGUGGAGUUACCGUUUCAGACAUGCCCCCAAAGAGGAAGUCGGCUGCCACCAAAUCAAAUGCCAAGCAGAAGAAGGUCAAAGUUGAGCCGGAGGAAGAUAAUGUCAAGUCCACUGUUGAAGCUCUAAAAGCUGCUCCGAGCGUCAAGGCUAAAGCUAAGAUAGACGAGCACUGUCCUCUGAGCACCGACACAUUGGCUGAGAUUCACGAGGACUACGACUGCAUGUUGAACCAAACCAACAUCGGAAACAAUAACAACAAGUUCUACAUCAUCCAGCUGAUCGAACUCAAUGGCUCGUAUUACUGCUGGAACCGCUGGGGUCGAGUGGGAGAAGUUGGCCAAAGUAAACUGGGCUCUCCGGUUGUCCUGAAUGCCGCUGUGAAGGAUUUUGAAAAGAAGUUCAAAGACAAGACCAAGAAUGACUGGGUGAACAGAGAGUCCUUUGUGGCACACCCUGGAAAAUACACCAUGAUUGAAGUCCAGCAGGGCUAUGAGGAAGCGAUGAUUGUGAAGAACGACACUGUGGAUGGAGGCACAGCAGUGAAUAAGAAAGUCAAACCUUGCACUUUAGACAAGCCGACUCAGGAGUUGGUCACUCUCCUCUUCAGUCAUGAUAUGUUCAAGGAGCAGAUGCAAACCAUGAACUUGGAUGUGAAGAAGAUGCCUCUUGGAAAGUUGAGUAAACAGCAAAUUGCCAAGGGUUUUGAUGCACUGGAUGAGAUUGAGGCAGCCUUGAAGCCAUCUCCCAACAGAAAGCAGCUGGAGGAGCUGUCCUCGAAGUUCUACACCAUCAUCCCUCACUACUUCGGACGCAGUAGACCCCCAGUGAUUGAUACUUCGGAAGUGAUCCAAGCCAAAAGAGACAUGCUACUGGUACUUGCUGAUAUUGAGCUCGCCCAGAGACUUCAAGCUGAGAAAGAGCAGAAAAUCAAGACGGAAAUUAUCGAGGAGGUUCCCCAUCCUCUGGAUGAAGAUUAUAACCUGCUGAAGUGUGACCUGCAAUUGUUGGCACCCAAUUCUGAAGAAUUCCAGUUGAUAAAGAAGUAUGUGGAUGAGACUGGAUGCAGCUACAGGCCAGUGAAAAUUCACCACGUUUGGAAAGUGGACCGGGACAGUGAGGGGACACGUUUCAAGAUCCACAAUAACAUUGAGAACCGGCGCCUCCUGUGGCAUGGGACUAACAUUGCGGUUGUUGCUGCCAUUCUGAAAACAGGCCUACGCAUCAUGCCCCACUCAGGGGGCCGCGUUGGAUGUGGAAUCUAUUUUGCGUCAGAAAACAGCAAGUCGGCAGGAUAUGUUGGUUUUACAUCCAAAGGCGUUGGCAUCAUGUUCCUGUCAGAAGUGGCUCUGGGGAAAGAGCAUUCCAUCUUCCAUGACAACAGCCGACUGAAGUCAGCUCCCAAAGGCUUCGACAGUGUAGUGGCCCGUGGCAACACAGAACCAGAUUGUUCUCAGGACAAGGAGUUCAUUUUUGAAGGGAAGAAAGUGAUGGUACCUCAGGGGAAACCGGUGAAUAUGAAUCUGCAAAGCCACUUUAGCCAAAGCGAGUAUGUCAUCUACAAGGAGAGCCAGGCUCGUCUUCGCUAUUUGUUACAAGUGAAGUCCUGAGCAGCCCUGCAGCAUGGGAAUCCAGCUCGCUUUCCAGGAAGCGCCUUCACCAAAGGGUCAAUAUCGUGUUUACUUUGUGGUUUGGUUAGUGCCACUGCACUCUGCUGGCACUGGCUUCUUUAACUAUUAUUGCUUCUAUGCACAACAGACUCUGAUAAUUUUAAAGAUCCUUUAUCUGAGGAAUAUUAGAUGAAACUGAAUCUGCAAAUGCUUUGGGUUUUGGGGUCCUCUUCUGCUAAGUCUGCAGGCAUUUUGACUUCAGUUGUACCCAUAGUGCAGCCAUAGGAUUAUAGCUAGAUUUUGACUGAAACUAUCACCAUCAUGUUGUCGCUGGCUUUAAAUGGUGGAUAAUGACUAACACGAGCAUUCCAGCCCCUGGCCCAUUCGUCCUUUACUAGAAACUGCUAUUGGUGUCAAAACAAUGAGGAGAACUGACAGGCAUCAAACUUUACCGAAUCCUUACUAGGCCCCACUGACAAACACCCUGAACUGACAGGCCUACCCCCUAGGCCCCUCUCACUGGGCCACACUGAGUAACUCAUCGACAGGCUGUGCCCCUGUGCCUGUCUCUCCAGCUCCACUGUAUAACUCGCUGAACUGACAGGCCUCGAACUCUAUUCAAUCCUUACCAGGCCACACUGAGGAACUCAUGGAACUGAGAGAUUGCUCGGUUAGGCCUCCCUCAUGGGCCACGUUGAUGUGAGUGGGCCACUGCGGCUCGAGGUCUCUCCCAUGCAGGCUGCACUACUUUGGGAAAUGGUGGAAGAACCAUUUUUGCUGACAGCACAAAAGCUGGACAUGUCCCUCAUUGGUACAAGCAACUUGCCUCUCGCUCGAUUCUCAGUAAGACUUUGACGUGCCUUUCACCCCACCCUGCUUGGUUAUGAUGCAUUUUCUGAGAAACCAGUCUCUGUGUUCCCUUGCAAUAUCCCACAGGCUCAACAGGAGACCUGCAACUUAUUGAAAUACAGAAAAGGAAGAAUGAAAUGCUGCUCUCCCACCAUUCAGACACAUUCAGCUGCAAAUGUUUUUGCUGAGAAAUUUGAACACAUGGCUGUCCCGUUAAUCAAUCCAUCUUGCCAAGGCUGCACUAAGUGACUCAAGCCAAGUAGACAGAUUGCUCCCAUCUGAACUGGUGCCUGGUACGAACUGCUGUAGAAACCCUUUGCAAGAGGGCUCCUCCUCAUUGUAGGAUGGGGGUAGGACAGUGCAGCCUGAGCCUUAGACUGGAGUCUGUGUGAUUGAUGUAGCUCACAGAGACAAUGAAAGUUUGGUUCCUCUACUUCACUGGAGAUUGUCGCUUCUGUGGUGGGCUCACUCCCAGGGCCUGUGCAGGCUGAAGCUGAGGUCAAGGCUGCUGCCAUUAGCUAGAGGGGGAGUGGAGGGUAAAGAUUGCCCUUGUCAUCCUGAGGUAAAAGCUUGUGUGAAAGGCAGCAGGGUUUCGAUAGUAGAUCUGACUGCACACUCUCACUGUGUAAGACAUCGAUCUGAGGCUGCUUUAGGGGAGAGUCCAUGAUGCAGAACAAUCUCUUAUACAUGACCCUGCGACUCUAUUGGAAGCUGAGAUUCACCGUGCACUGUGGAAGAUUUUUGAUGUAAUAGAUUGUAUUCUCAGGGUUGGUCGUUGUUACCCGGUGUUUACCAGAUGGUUCCAGUUUGUACUAUUAAAGGAUUAUGUUAUUCUGCACGCUACACUAAACUGAA